AUUCGCGUUGAUGGGUGAGUUUUUGUUCACAUCUCAUGCAUCUCAUACAUAAAACGCCAUAAUCGUGUAGUUUUGUUUACAACCUCGUAAAUUUUAAGCGUGAAAACUAUUAUUCUCUGCGAUUUUAUUUAUUUUAACUUUGAUCUGUUUAAGUGAAACUCCCGCUUAUAGUUACUUCAUAGAAAGUGAACGAACGCAUUUUCGAGUGCUAACAAAAAGUUUGUAAAAUUAAAAAUGAUUAUUCCGGUUCGCUGUUUUACGUGUGGCAAGGUUAUCGGAAACAAAUGGGAAGCCUACCUCGGGCUACUACAAGCAGAAUAUACAGAAGGUGAUGCUCUGGAUGCCCUCGGAUUGAAGCGGUACUGUUGCCGUCGGAUGUUGCUUGGCCACGUCGAUCUGAUUGAAAAACUUCUCAAUUAUGCUCCCUUGGAGAAGUAAAGUUCGCAACGUUUUAGCUUUAAUACAUGUGUUAUCUUUAUAUUGUGAAUAAUUACUUAAAUAUAUCGCCAAAACUACCUA